CCGCCACACACUCCAACUUGCAAAACGCUCACACAGACUACGCGACAACAUCAUCCGCGAAAUCUGACUACAAUGAAGGCAUACUGGUUCGACAACAUCGAGGGUGACCAACGUCUCCCCCACGACUCCGGCCGCCCCGUCUCCCCCGAAUACCUCUCCAAACUCGGCAUAAUCCACCACGAACUCCCCAACAACCUCCCAGCCGUCAACAAAAUCGCCUCAGAAAGAAGCUACAAAAACCGCGACGAAAUCCGCAUAUCCCCAGAAACCCUCCCCGACUACGAAGAAAAAGUCAAGACCUUCUUCGACGAACACCUGCACGAAGACGAAGAAAUCCGAUACAUUUUGGAUGGUGGAGGGUAUUUUGAUGUGAGAAGCAAAGAUGAUGAUUGGGUGAGGAUUCGGUUGGAGAAGGGGGAUCUUAUGAUUAUGCCGGCGGGGAUUUUUCAUCGUUUCACGACGGAUGAGAGGAAUUUUACGCAUGCGAUGAGGUUGUUUAAGGAGGAUCCGAAGUGGACGCCGCUUAAGAGGGGGGAUCCGGAGACGGAGAGGAAUGGGUUUAGGAAGGAGUAUUUGAGGGCUAGGGAUGGGGAUGGGGUGUUUGUUUAGAUGAGGGAAGAAGUAGGCGUGUUGUGCCUGUGGAUGAUGAUGGGUUGUGGACAAAGCUGAUGUGGUAUUUGGGAUUGAGCGUGAAUUCUUCAACACUAUACUCAUGCUGCCGCUUCCUCUACAUCGUCUACAAACCUCUGUGUCGUCAUGCGGGUGUCCAACUUCCGUCCAUCAGCACUCUACAUCUUCGACUCCCCAGAAGCAAAGCCAUUCGCCACAGCCGUCAUAAGCUGGUUUGCAAUAGCAGUGCUCGGCGGUAAUCUCAAAUUACCUUCCUUAUACUCAGGCCCAGAAUCCUCGCCCAACCCACUCGUUCCCACUCUGAGCGCUUCUCUCACCUCGUCGAACGGGAACCACUUCGCAUCAUCAAGCUCCGGAUCGUUCCCAAGAUCAAUCGUCUCUCCCGUCGGUAUCGCUUGUCCAAUGGCACCAAUCAUCAAAUUUGCCGGGUAGGGCCAGGGUUGCGUGCUAUGAAUGACAACCCGUCCGACCAGAAUUCCAGCUUCCUCGUAGACUUCUCUCCGAACAGCUUCUUCGAUCGACUCCGCUGGUUCAGCGAAGCCCGCGAGCGUGGAGUACCAAUACGGGGGCCAACGCUUUUGUCUCCCGAGAAGAAUCUUGGUGCCGUCUGAGGAAACCACGGCCAUGAUGACCGUAGGAUCUGUUCGAGGGAAACAAAGAUUGGAGAUUCCAGUUCGCGUCACACAUGCUGGUCUCUCGUACGAGUUUUGUCCUUCUAUUGCCGCGGCUUUAUCUGUCGGCGGACAUGUUCUCUUGAAGCCGGCGUUGACACUGAGUGUCCUGUGUCCAC